CGGCGCUCUUUUCGCCUUUUCAGGCUGUGUCGCCCACGCGCCAGCAACAAAGAUCAAGAGCACUGGAGAGUGGAGACAUCGCAUGUGUUUCUUGUUGAGCUAACCGUAUUACCCGAACUUCUGAAGAUUUCGUCUUUGUCUCCCAUAGUUAGGCCUGUUAGUCGGGCAGGUACUUUUUUUGGAAGUCAGAGACGUUUAGUUUUAGUUCAUCGCUGGAGUGCAGUAUCACCGGUAGUUUUGCUUAGCCAUGGCAGUGAGUAGGGGAGUAAAAAUUGCCAUCGCCCUUCUUAUGGUCGUCACGGGUUGUAUCAACACUUUGUCUACAAAAUGGGCAGACAAGAUGAUGGCUCCCGGUGUUCCUGGUGUGCACGCCACUGGUGACGGCAGUUGUCCGAAUGAAACCCUUUAUAUUGAGAACUACCUCAACACGACACACCCGAAGCCGAUUGAAGAUACGUGUCAAGUGUUUUUGAAAGGUGAAAACUGCACUGAUUAUCCGUAUGACAACUCAACGUAUUGCCAUGAGUUCUCCCAUCCUUUCCUUCAGGCGGUGGGUAUGUUUGUUGGCGAGUUCAGCUGCUGGAUCGUGUUCAAGUUGAUUCAAAGCGGCGUUUGCCUGGCCGCAGCGGAGCGAGAGCGCAAGCGCACUGAACAGCCGCCAGCUCAGUUCAACCCGAUCAUCUUUCUCGUGCCGGCCUGCUGUGAUAUCUGUGGCACGUCCAUGAUGUACAUUGGACUCACCUUGACGUUUGCGAGCAGCUUUCAGAUGUUGCGUGCGGCCGUGAUUAUCUUCACUGGCUUCGUUUCCAUGGUCUUCUUGGGCAAGCGCCUGAAGCCUCAUGAGUGGGGAGGUAUGGUUGUUGUGGUGAUUGGAUUGGUUGUUGUCGGUUUGAGUGACACGCUCUUCGGCAACGAAGGAGCCAGCGCUCAGUCCAAGAGCAACCGUCUCACAGGUGACAUCAUCAUUGUUCUUGCCCAGCUGAUUGUUGCAUUCCAAAUGACGUGGGAGGAGAAAUUUGUCAAGAAGUACAAUGUCCCCGCUUUGCAGGCUGUUGGCUGGGAAGGCAUCUUUGGCUUCUGCAUCUUGUCAACCUUGCUGAUUCCCUUUUACUUCAUCCCUUUCUCCAUCAAUGGCUUGGAGCCUGCUCGUUUUGAGGAUGCUCUUGAUGGCUUCAGGCAGAUUGGCAACAACAACCUUAUCCUGGCUGGUGUGCUGCUCAACAUCAUCAGCAUUGCUUUCUUCAACUUUGCUGGCAUCUCUGUCACCAAGAUGAUCAGUGCAGUGACACGCAUGGUGUUGGACAGUGUGCGCACCCUCUUCAUCUGGGCUUUCUCCCUUGCUGUUGGCUGGCAGAAGUUCCAGUAUCUGCAGCCUAUCGGCUUUGUCAUUCUGGUUGCCGGCAUGGUCAUCUACCACUUGGAUGAUUUCCGUCCCUACUUUACCCGUAGGCGUGGUACGUCUGAGCUUGAUCCGUUGCUUGUCAAUGAUGCUAAUCUCUCUGCGUCUGGUGAACAACGGCGCUCCUACUCAUAGUGGGUCCACUUCUCAUGCCAAGAGCGUGCAUCUGCUUCUCUCCUAUUGUUCUUUUUCCCAUGCCGCUUCGGUAUGGAAGUUACAUGGAUGGAUAGCGAUCGCGUACUACAGUCUCCGGCUGCUGCAAUAUUAACGACCCCCCGGUGGAGGUGGUAGUGUGGUAGUGCUGUGACUACUCCUCAGACAGCUUGGUGGCGAUGCUGCUGCUGCUGCUCAUUCGUCCACGGUGCUUGUCUGUGUGCAGACAAAUUUCUAAUGGACAUAGAUCGUCAUGUCCUUGCUGAUCUACUAAUUCUACGGCGAUCCUCUUCACUGACAUUCUACGGCGAUCCUCUUCACUGACAUUCUAUGGCGUAGUGAAUCGCCAUACCCAGUCAGUUUGCCACGCUACUCAGGGUCCUGCAGCCAUUGCGGUUUGCUGUGGCCUGCGUAUCUGCUGCCGUGCAUUCCCCUGGGUGCAAUGCUGUUGGUGUUACUUGAUACAAGCUCAAGUUCAUCUGCUUGGUUGUGCUCUCGUGAUUCGCACCAUUACAACUAUUAGAGUAACCUCUCUUGACAGCUUCAAUCAUGAUGUCUCUUGUCAUUGGGAACGUUGCAUUAUUUUCUCAAUUUCCUCUUUUAUAAGGAUGCCUUUGACUUUGAUCACUUUUGGUGAGCGUACUAUUUUUAAUACAAGAUUGCCUCGAACUAAAUUGAGUUGAUGCCUGAAUCUUGUAUGCAGGUGAUUUCAA